UGACGAAGCAGAAAUCAAGGGUCUGUGAUUUCAGUCGACAUUAUAUUGUCACUUGUUUAGCGAGAAUUGUUUAGUGCGUCGUACGACAAGGAAACGUGUUGAAUCAAAAUAGGCUUACUCUGUGGAUGCAACUGGAAUUGGAUUGGAUUUAAAAAAAAAAAGCAUUCUAGGUCAGGCACGACGAUGAACAUGUGGAUUAUCUCGGCAUUACUCCUGUCGAUCGCGACUUCGGCCGUGGUCGCAUCGCCCAGCGGACCCCCAGUCUCCGUCGACGGCCUGUGCGCGAGCAUGGUGCCAGGGCACGGCCCUAGCGAUGCAGUGGGCGACGCACCCUAUAGCGUUACUGCGGUCGAGCAAGAUGACAAUACUUUUAAAGUACGGUUUGAAGGCGUCGGUGCCAAUUCGACUUUCCGUGGUUUCUUCUUGCAAGCCCGCCCGUGGGACUCCUCCUCAUCCGGCGAAUCUGAGACGACUAGUCUCGGCGUCUUCACCUCCUCCGCUGCCGGUACCAAACAACUGGAUUGCUUCGGCUCUAUGGCGAAUGCUUGGGGACACAGCAUCAACACCGAUAAAUCGGUGGUAGAGGGAACGUGGACUCCACCUGCAGGAUCAGGAGAAGUUCGAUUCAGGGUGAGUGUUGUCCAAGGUCCUGCAAGCACCUACUGGACUGGGCUCUACUCUGACGUCGUCAUGUAUGAGUCAUCGGCAGGAAAAGCAAGUCUAAGCUUAGCUACUCUCUUGGGAGCGCUCGCCAUGGUCUUCUUCACAAGUAACCGGAUGUAGACCCCCCCCCCCCCCUACCACACACCACCCCUGUACCCUUUCGAGAAAGCUUAGCUCGAUCCUAAAGCCAAAUUUAUAGCAUUUUUAUGUAGAAGUCCGUUUAUACAUUCGACAAGUUUAUAACAAUCAAUGUCUGAAGAAAAAA